AUGUCCGCACUUUUCAACUUCCAAUCUCUACUGCUGGUCAUCCUGCUCUUCAUCUGCACCUCGUCAUACGUCCAUGCCACUUUUCCCGCCAUUAUGGACCGGAACAAGACUGGACCCCUCGGCAUCUUCUGGAAAGCAGCCCGAAUUGGCGAACGACUCAGUCCGUACGUGUCCCUGUGCUGCAUCGCCAUGGCCGUCAGCAAGUUGAUUGAGUAG